UCGCGGAGGCUGCCGGAAGGGCGGGCCGCCAGGGGGCGCCACAUCCGGGGCGGAGACGGCACCGCCAUGGCGGCGGCGUUCAAAACUGUGGAACCAUUGGAAUAUUACAGGAGGUUUUUGAAGGAGAACUGUCGGCCUGAUGGAAGAGAGUUGGGUGAAUUUCGGACAACCACUGUCAACAUAGGUUCAAUUACAACUGCAGAUGGUUCUGCCCUGGUGAAGUUAGGAAAUACCACGGUGAUUUGUGGAGUGAAAGCGGAACUUGCUGCACCUGCAGUGGAUUCUGCUAAUAAGGGAUAUAUUGUUCCAAAUGUGGAGCUGCCAUCCCUCUGUGCAGAGAGGUUUCGCUCUGGACCACCUGGUGAAGAAGCUCAAGCAGCGAGCCAGUUCAUCGCAGAUGUGAUUGAAAAUUCACAGAUGAUAGUGAAAGAAGAUCUGUGUAUUGCCAAUGGCAAGCUUGCGUGGGUGUUAUACUGUGAUAUCAUAUGUCUGGACUAUGAUGGAAACCUUCUGGAUGCCAGUGUCUUUGCUUUGUUGGCAGCAUUAAAAAAUGUGCAAUUGCCAUUGGUUACAAUAAACGAAGAAACUGGUUUAUCAGAAGUUAAUUUAAAACAGAAGAAUCCUUUGAUUAUCAGAAAGCAUCCGGUUGCCACAUCAUUUGCUAUAUUUGAUGACACGUUACUCAUUGUUGAUCCAACUGCUGAAGAAGAAGAUUUAGCAACUGGAACAGUAACCAUUGUAACUGAUGAAGAAGGCAGACUGUGUUCUGUCCAUAAACCAGGUGGAAGUCCUCUUACAGGAGCCAAGCUUCAGGAUUGUAUCACCAGAGCAAUUACAAGACACAAAGAAGUAAAGAAGCUCAUAGACAAAGUAAUAAAAAGUAUAACACCAAAGUGAAUAAAAAGAGAGGUCUUUUCAAAAAUGGAUUUGUAAAAAUUGUAUUUGUUACAGUGUUCACAAACCUUUUAUACUAAAUAAACAAAUACCAAUACUACA